AGUUGCCCCCAGCAUUUCAUAACGCAAACACGCUGCAAACUUAAAAGCAAAAACAAAGCCAAAUCAAAAAAAACGUCUCUUCGUAUUGUUUUCAAUUCAAUUUUGUGUAUUUAUAAUUUUUGGCAAAACACACAAACAAAGUUAAACAAUUAUAAUGAGUUUCACACGACAACUCUCCGAGAUGAGCGCCAGCGAACUGAACGAUGCCAUCGAUGAUACGAAUUUCCCACAGGCUCACAUCCUGUCGCGUGGUCGCAACAACAGCGUCUGCUCAACAAGUAGCACCUCGGGCACCUCCUCGCUGGCAGCAGCCAACGAUGAUGUGGCCAACGGUUCGGCAGCAACAGGCCAAAGCACAGUCCAAGCAACAGCAACAGUAACAGGCACAACUGCAGCUGGAGGUGAUGAAGUUGCUCCCAGUGGUCCGGUGCGACCAAGGCUGAUACUGAAGAGCAACUCGAGCAUUGUGGAAAACGAUGGUACACAACCGAUAACACCAAUGACACCUCGCACAUCGACGACGCCAGGUAGGCAUGAGAACUGCACUUUCCAUCACGAUUUGGAGCUGGACCACAAGCCGCCAACGCGGGAGGCAUUGUUGCCCGAUAUGGCGCGCUCUUAUCGCCUGCUCUUGGGCGGCCUCGGCGAGAAUCCCGAUCGUCAGGGUCUGAUCAAGACACCGGAGCGUGCGGCAAAGGCAAUGCUGUACUUCACCAAGGGCUAUGAUCAGAAUCUGGAGGAUGUAUUAAACGGUGCCGUUUUCGACGAGGAUCAUGAUGAAAUGGUCGUGGUCAAGGAUAUUGAAAUGUUUUCCAUGUGUGAACAUCACUUGGUGCCAUUCUAUGGCAAAGUGUCCAUUGGAUAUUUGCCAUGCAAUAAGAUUCUAGGACUUAGCAAACUGGCUCGCAUUGUGGAGAUUUUCUCGCGUCGUUUGCAAGUGCAAGAGCGAUUGACCAAGCAAAUUGCCGUCGCUGUGACACAAGCAGUGCAGCCAGCAGGAGUCGCUGUAGUUGUCGAGGGCGUACACAUGUGCAUGGUAAUGCGUGGCGUGCAGAAAAUCAAUAGCAAAACUGUCACUUCGACUAUGCUGGGCGUAUUCCGCGAUGAUCCAAAGACGCGCGAGGAGUUCCUAAACCUAGUCAAUAGCAAAUAAAAGCAUUAUUUUUUGACUUGUUUAAUAAAUUGUUGAAAUUUUAGUUUCGUUUAGCUAAAUAUGCAAAAAAAAAAGAGAAAAACCCCAUAUAAAAACAUUCGAAAGCAUCGC